AAUUCUUGACACCGGAAGAGGAACCUGCCACGUUAGCUUUUGCUGCUGUAGCGGAGCAGACGUCACCUUUCAUUACACUCCGCUAACUGGAACCAAUAAAUUGAUCAUUGUUUACAUCUUUAGUCGUCAGCUACUUUUGUUCUGCACAGGGAAUCACAAUGGUGUCUCUCGCCAACUCUGUAGACACAGGACACGAGGAUAUGAUUCACGAUGCACAGCUUGAUUACUAUGGUACCAAACUAGCAACCUGCUCAUCUGAUCGUUCUAUUAAGCUCUUUGACGUUAGCAAUGGCCAGCAAGUGCCCAUUGCAGAUCUUAGAGGUCACGAGGGACCUGUCUGGCAGAUUGCAUGGGCACACCCCAUGUACGGCAGCAUCUUGGCAUCCUGUGGUUAUGAUCGUAAAGUCAUCAUUUGGAAAGAAAACGGUGGAUCGUGGGAAAAACUGCAUGAAUAUGCAAACCAUGAUUCUUCAGUAAACUCCGUCUGCUUUGCACCAUAUCAGCUGGGACUUAUUCUGGCUUGUGGUAGUUCUGAUGGUGCUAUCUCCAUUCUCUCCACAACAGGCGAUGGUACUUGGGAUGCCAAAAAAAUCAAUAAUGCACAUACUAUUGGUUGUAAUGCUGUCAGUUGGGCCCCUGCCACAGCUCCUAAUGCCCUCUUUGACCAGACAAGUAGGCAGCAGACUGUGAAAAGAUUUGUGUCUGGUGGUUGUGACAACUUGGUCAAAAUAUGGAGGGAGGAAGAAGGACAGUGGGUGGAGGAUCAGAAGUUGGAAGGUCAUAGUGACUGGGUUCGAGAUGUAGCAUGGGCUCCAUCCAUUGGCCUGCCCCGCAACAUCAUAGCUUCUUGCUCACAGGACUGUCGUGUCAUCAUAUGGACAAAUGAUGGGACAAGUAAUCAAUGGGUGUCGCAUGUCCUGAACAAAUUCAAUGAUGUGGUUUGGCAUGUCUCCUGGUCUAUCACAGGGAACAUCUUAGCAGUCUCUGGUGGAGAUAACAAGGUCACGUUAUGGAAGGAAUCAGUUGAGGGACAAUGGACAUGCAUUAGUGAUGUAAACAAAGGUCAAGGCCAAGUUCAAAUCAUGGAAGGCCAACGAUCUUCCUCUGCAGAAGGAUCCUUUGCAAGUCGAAGAAGACUAGAUCUUUAGCCACAUGUUGCAAGAUGAAAGGUGAAUUUUUUUUAAAAGAUGAACAUUGCUUGACCUAUCCAGGUGGGGCCAUGUUAAGAUGUGAAACUGCAGUGCAGGGUGUUAAAGGGCCUUGUAACAAACGGUAACCUAAGUGCUUUGGUUCUCGUUUUGAAGUUGGCCUAAAUCUUGGCACAGUGCUGUAUAGCAGUUACGGGGAAUAAAGGAUACUUCGUAUUAAAAAUCACCCAGAUUUCUUUAUUCUUCUGCUAGGUACUGUGUGCAUAAGUGCAUUCAUGCAUGAUACUUUUGGGUGCAUCAGAAGUUUGUUGGUUCACUUCUGUUUUCUUUCAGUUAUAGGAAGUGUUCAUGUUAUUGCUUUAAUGUUAAUAAAAUUUUGAUUUUCCUGAUCUCAGCAAGUAUUGCAGAUGAGAAAAACAAGGUGUUUAAAAUUACAGAAUUUUUUUUUUUAAAGAAACAUCUGUGUAAGAGCAACCUGAUGACUGCCCAUGACCGUAUUGUCUAAUGCUGAGAUUAAUUGAAAGCAUUUUUUAACAUUUAAGGAGACAGUUUCAGAAAAAUGGAAUUAUGUGUACAUCUUCUAUUGAAGUUGUGAGCAUGAAUUGGUAUUGUUACGUCUGUAUCAUAGUGUCAUAUUUAGCUAUAUGUUUUGUAGUUAAUAUGAAAUUAGACUUUUGUUCAUGUCAAAAUCAAAGCUUAAGGAAAAUGACCAAUGAUUAAAUACUUGUUGAAAUCUCAUAUUUGUGCAUAAUGUUUUCCAGAUGUAUGGUUAACACAUCGUUAAAAUAAAUCACGCACACCUGUGUGGUUGUUUAAAAUC